AACCCUACGUUUAUGAAUCAUCGAGCAAGCUAGCUAGCCCUACUUGCAUCUCUUUAUAAUUAAAUUAAGUUCAUUAAUUUAAUUUGGUGUCUUCUUACCUGGUCAUCUCAAUCAAUGGCAAAUAAUGGAGGAAUGAGAUCAGGAGGGAUUGCAGACCGGACACGUUCGCGUAGCCACGUUGUUGAAGAGUGUGUGCCUUCUUCGGCUUGGACGGAGGACUCCGAUAGCCAUUAUCUUCUUGUUGAUCUUCCUGAUUUUAAAAAGGAAGAAGUGAAGCUUCGAGUUGAUGACUAUGGGCAGAUAGUGGUGAGUGGAGAGAGGCUUGUGAACAACAACAGCAAAGUAAUAUAUUUCGAGCAAACAUUUAAGCUUCCAGAGAAUUCAGAUGCUGAUAAGAUCACUGGAAAAUUUGAUGGUGAAAUUCUGUUUGUAACUGUUCCAAAGCAAGAAGAAACAUCCGUAGAGCCUGAAUAUCAAAACACCGCUACCGCUACCGCUAUCAGUGAUGAAAAUCGCAAAAGGUUAGAAGAGAAGGGAAGCAUGGAUAGUUACAGACUUCUUUCAAGGAAAUAUUGGCGACAGGAGGAUGAGGCUACACCAUUAGAGAAGGCCUUCGAGAUGAUAAAGAAAAACAAGGGGAUUUUGCUUACUGCCGUUAUAGCAUUUUCUCUUGGGAUAAUAGUGACUCACCAUAAAUUGGAAUCUUGAGGAGAAUAAGUGCAUUACAUAUUUUUUUUCUUUUUUUAUUUGCGUCUGCCUGGUUGUUGUUGAUAUAUUUGUCAACAAUAAUCUGUAUAUAUAAUAUAUAUACACCGCCAAUCUUCCAUUAAUAAGUGCAUGUUCUUUCCCCUGCAAUAAACAUUGCUUUAAGAAUCUA